CUCACCUGCUUUUAUUGGACUGCAGUGUUCGAAGACCCCGAUGAGUUCGAUCAACAUGAUCUGCAGACGGGCGGUCCGCGCGAGCCAGCGUCGCAGGCUCCAGAGGUGUGUCCAACCUGCAAAGACCCUCCGCUGCCGGGCGCUUUGUUGCCCAAGUUUGCCUGCCCCGAGGUUGGCUUCGACUUCGUGCGCCGCUCGUCGCACUCCCGCAAGCGGGGUGUCGGCCACAUCCCGCGGCCGCCCAAUGCCUUCAUGCUCUUCCGCUCUGAACUCUGGGCGAAGGAGAAGAUCAAGAGCUCUGUCGAGCGCGACCACCGCAUGAUCAGUCGCAUAGCAGGCAAAAGGUGGAACGAACUCUCCGAGUCUGAGCGCACCCCGUUUCGACUCCUGGCUGAGGCUGCAAAGCGGCAGCACGCCGAGCUCUACCCCGAUUACAAGUACUCGCCCGUCUUCAAGAAGGAGAAGCUCCCGCGCCGGAAGGGCGCCAAGGGCGGAGACCGCGACUGGGCUCGCUGCAACGUUGUGGCGGGCCUCCUAGGUGAUGGCUACGAGGGCGAGGAGCUUGAGAAGCGAAUGAAGAGCUACGACCGGAAGGAGAUGAUGUAUGAGCUAGCGUCGCGACGCCCUCGCGCGCGUGCGAUUCAAGCUAGGAAGACUCGCGUCGUUCAGCGCGAGGCCUCGCCCGACACACGCAGCCCUUCGCCUGCAGCGCUCCCAGAGGAUGGCUUGAUCAAGAUGGAGCCUUCGACACCCGAGUUGUCGUUCUCGCCUGAACCAGUGCCUCAGGAGCCUGAUGUACCGGAAGCUGUUCACCCCUCGUAUCUCCUCCCUCCUCCUCCUAACAUUAACGCCGACGAGAAGAAACCCUUCGACCGCGAGAGCUCCACAGGGAGCUCGGUCGGCGAUGAGGUCGGCGAUGAGGUCGCCUCGGACAGGCAUUGGCCCGACAAGUCUCCUGCCGUCUUGGACUUGUCUGUCGGUGCAAACGGGCAAACCUACGUUCAAUCCCCAUCCCAGGGUCUCAUGAUCCCCGUCACCCUCUGUGCGUACCCUGACGAUCCCUUUGGGGAGGCCGUCGACGACGCGUUCUCCAUUUCUCCCAUGUUCAACCCCGAUCGCUCGUCGGCGCUCGUCGGCCCCAAACCUUCGAUGCUGAACAUCGGCUCAUGCUCACAAGCCGAUGAUGUGAAGGCUGAAGACGAAUUCGACUUCAGCGAAUGGCUUGUAUCUGCUCACUAGCCGCUAUCUUCCCACUGUUACUCCCGCAUAGACGAACCUCUGAUACACCAUCUGCUUUCGCCGUGACACUCCCGGCUUCUGACCCAUUCGCUGUCUCACCUCGCUGUUCGCUGUUCGCAUCUCGCUUCGCUCUACCGUUAUCUUACUU